GCAGCGACAGAGGGGUCAUAGCGUUGAACUUGUUAGGAGAUGCCUGAGAGAUUCACUAUGGUGAUGACUAGUGGAAUUGACGGACAUGAGGGAGAACAGGAGACCCUAGGUGGUGACUCCUCCUCGCCCCCAUCAGAACAGCGUCUGGGCCAGGGGAAAGAGGCCUCCCCCUAUCCGGACUCCUCCUCCCCCUCUUCGGACUCCUCCCCCCCCUACCCGGUGUCCUCCUCGUCCGAUGGGGAAGAACAUAUGAGACAGAUGGUGAACAGAUGGUUGGAGGCAAAUGAGGAGGGGGACGACCCGAUAUUGGUCGCAGAGUGCGAGCUGUCAGCACCGAACCCGGGCCAGACCCCCCCGGACCCAGGCCAGGCCUCCCCGGACCCAGGCCAGACCUCCCCGGACCGAGGCCGGACCCCCAUGGACCCAGGCCAGACCCCCCAUGAACCUGGACCCCAACACCAGGGAGAGGGCUCAGGCCCUUUGGGGGCCUGGCUGCCUCCCAGAGUCUGGCCCCCCAGAGAGGACCUGGCCCAGGCCAUGGGGACCAUGAGGGUGUGGGCGAGGGGACUCAGAAACAACAGGGUUGAACCAGCACCCCGGCUGGAUGAGGAGGAGGAGAAGCCUCUGGGCCGCCCUUCACGCAACCCCUUCCUUGGCCAGACCGCCCCGGCCCCAGGCCAGACCGCCCCGGCCCCAGGCCAGAUGCCCCAUGAACCUGCAGACACGCCCCCAAGAAAGGAUCUGUCCCAGGUCAUGGGGAACAUGGCCUGGGCCGAACGCGCUACCAACAGCCCCCAGAACAACCGUGAACAUGAAGAGCUUGUCAACAAGGCUGAGGAGGAAGUAGAAGCCAAACAGGAGGCUGAGGGGAAGGGUAUCAGGCAUCGGUUCAACAAGUGGCUGAACCUCAGGUUGAAGGGGCGCCUGCCAAGUGUGGCUGCCCUGUUCAAGUGUGGGGCGUAUGUCCUGUAA